AUGGUAUCAGAGCGAGACGAUCUUGAGAACAUCGACUCCGAUACAGAGAUCUUGCCUAAUCCGGGCAACUUGGCGAUGGCGUUAGUUGAGAAAGAGAUGAAAGGAGCAUACCAGCUCUCGGCGACUGAGAAUCCUGCGGUGCGGACUGCGCUGCGAGUAAAGAAGAAGUUUGGUUUCGUUGACGGAAGUGUGACGGAGCCGGCGAAAGAUGCAGCAGACCAUGAAGAUUGGCUUUCUGCUAAAUCAAUGGUGACUUUGUGGAUCUUAAACACAGUGGAUUCUAAAGUAAGAAGAACUUUGGCAAACAAAGAAGAUCCAGCGGAGCUGUGGAAAGAGAUUAAGGAACGAUUCUCUGAAGGAAACGGACCAAGAAUUCAGGAGAUCAAGGCUGAACUGGCGUGUGGAUUAUGCAAGUGCAACUUGAAUUCCGAACUUGAGAAGAAACGAGAAGAAGAUCGGAUUCACCAGUUUCUUCUAGGGCUUGAUGAUGCUAUCUAUGGAGGAGUUCGCACUUCAAUCAUCAGCACUGAUCCUCUUCCAAACCUUAACCAAGUUUACUCCAAAUGUAAUGUCAAAGAGGAGAAGCUCAAACUGACAUGCACAAACUGUAAGAAGAAAGGACACACCGCAGAGACAUGCUAUCAAACCAUCGGAUAUCCAGAAUGGUGGGGAGAAAGAGCAGGACAACGAGGAGGUCGCGGUGGUGGUCGUGGAAUGGGAAGAGGACGCGGAAUGGUUCGAGCCAAUGCCGUGAUAGGUCCAAACAGUGGUGAUGGUGAAAUCAGCACUGAAGCAGAACGAAGUGGGUACAUUGGACUCACUAACGAACAAUGGAGCACACUAAUCAAGCUAUUGGAAGAGAAACAAGGAGCAACACCUCGCUUGACUGGUAAGUCUUUCUCUCAUGACUGGGUGAUUGAUACAGGAGCAUCGAAUCACAUGACUGGAUAUGUUGACUUGUUGAAUGAUCGGAAGUAUAUGUUGCCAUGUGGUAUUGGCCUUCCAAAUGGAAAACAGAGCUUGUCUCGAGAAAAAGGGACAGUAAUUUUUGAUGAAGAUUUUGCUCUUAAGAAUGUGUUGUUUGUUCCGGAUUUGAGAUGCAACUUGAUAUCGGUGUCACAACUUAUUAAGGACUUGGAUGUGGUGUUACAGAUUGCUAAUAAGGGUUGUGUAAUUCAGGACCGUAUCGAGAGGAGGCUGAUUGGAGCGGGUGAGCUUCGGGAUGGACUUUACUUCUUUCGUCGCUUGAAGAAUUUUAGAGCUUUACCUUUGAAUAAAGAUGGAGCCGAUGAGAUGUGGCAUCAACGACUUGGACAUCCAUCCAAUGGUGUUUUUGAUUUGCUUCCUAUUGUUGGUAAUAGGAGUAGGGAUUUUUCAGUUUGUGAUACUUGUGUGAAAGCUAAACAUAGUCGAGAGGUUUUUCAUUCAAGUGAUAAUAAAAGCGACGAAAUUUUUGAUAUGAUUCACUGUGACUUAUGGGGGCCAUAUCGUAGUCCAAGUUUGUGCAACUCAUACUAUUUUUUGACAAUCGUUGAUGAUCACUCAAGAGGAGUUUGGGUGUUUCUACUUCGUGAUAAAACUCAAGUCAAAGAAACAUUGAGGAAUUUUAUCACCAUGGCACACAGACAAUUUGGGAAGAAGAUUAAAAUUGUUAGAAGUGACAAUGGAACUGAAUUCACAAGCUUUGCUUCUGAAUUUCGAGAACAGGGGAUAAGACACCAAACGUCUUGUGUUGGAACACCACAGCAAAACGGGAGAGUAGAGAGAAAGCACAGGCAUAUUUUGAAUGUAGCUCGUGCACUGCUAUUUCAGUCUUCUCUGCCAGUUAAGUUCUUGGGAGAAAGUGUUUUAACAGCAGCUUAUUUGAUAAAUCGGACUCCAUCACGUCUCUUGAAAGGAAAAUCACCUUAUGAACUGAUUUAUGGUGUUCCUCCCACUUAUGACAACUUGAAGGUUUUUGGCUGCUUGGCAUUUGCUCAUAAUCAACGAAGAGGAGGAGAUAAGUUUGAAAGUCGAAGCAGACGUUGCUUGUUUGUGGGAUAUCCAUUUGAUAAGAAAGGAUGGAAUUUAUUUGAUUUGGAAACAGAGGAAGUGUUUGUCUCUCGAGAUGUUAUUUUCGUGGAAGAUGUUUUUCCUCUUAGACAUGAAUCGCUUGCAGGUGCAAGCAAUGAUGAUUCAAAUAGACCUUUGGAUUUUGGUUUAUUUGACGAUGACGAACCGGAGGUUGUGGAAUCAAGACUUGAUGAUACACAUCUUGGCAAACCGGUUGACCCUGUAACGCAUGAAGAAAAUGUUACUGCUAAACGCAUAGAAUCAACUGAUAAUGUUCAAAGACAAGAGGAAUGUCUUGAAGGAACUCACGAGAAUGUGACGAAGGAUAGUUGUGAUGACACACAACCAACUACUGAAAAUCUGGGACGCGGUAUGAGAUCGAAGAAGAUCCCGUCCAAGCUGAAUGACUUUGUGCUUAAUACCAUUCGCGAAACGGAGGGUGUGGAUGGGGAAAUUGAGAUUUCAUUUGAAGAAAGCAUGGAUGAACACAGUUUUCAUCCUAUAUCUCAUUAUCUUGAUAGCAAGUCCUUCUCUCCUCGUCAUCGAGCGUUUCUUGCAGCCUUGCAUGCAGAAACCGCACCAAUAUUUUUUAAGGAUGCUGUUGUCUACAAGAAAUGGAGGGAAGCGAUGCUGGCUGAGAUAGAAGCUUUGGACCUUAAUGGAACGUGGGAUUUGGUAGAACUUCCAAAAGGGAAAACAGCCAUUGGUUGUAAAUGGGUGUAUACGAUAAAGUUUCGAGCUGAUGGAACGUUGGAGAGAUAUAAAGCAAGAUUGGUUGCUCUUGGAAAUAGACAAGUUGAGGGUGUAGAUUACUCAGACACGUUUGCUCCAGUCAUCAAGAUGUCAACAAUUCGUUUGUUUCUUGAAGUGGCUGCAGCCAAACAAUGGGAAUUACAUCAAAUGGAUGUGCAUAAUGCAUUUCUUCAUGGAGAUUUAGACGAGGAAGUGUAUAUGCGCUUACCACCGGGAUUUCGUGUGGGGGACAAACAGAUGUCAUAUUCGGACUACUCUUUGUUCUAUCUACGAAAAGAAGGUAUUGAGAUAUACAUACUUGUGUAUGUAGAUGAUUUGGUCAUUGGAGGGAAUGAUUCUAAAGCUAUUGGAGAUUUUAAACAAUACUUGGGAGAAUGUUUUCAUAUGAAGGAUUUAGGGAAACUGAAAUAUUUUCUAGGCAUAGAAGUUGCAAGGAAUAAAGAUGGUAUCUUUCUUUGUCAAAGAAAGUAUACGCUGGAUAUUAUCAGUGAUGCAGGUUGUCUUGGAUCGAAACCUGCUACAUCUCCGAUUGAACAACAACACAAGCUUGCGUUAUCAGAUAAACCGUUUCUUGAAGAUCCAGAACGUUAUCGACGUUUAGUUGGCCGGUUGAUCUACUUAUUGGCCACUCGACCUGAUCUGACUUAUGUGGUUCAUGUACUCUCUCAAUUUAUGCAUCAGCCACGAAUAGAUCAUUGGGAGACUGCUUUGCGUGUUGUUCGUUAUUUGAAAGGUACUCCGGGACAGGGAGUGUUAUUGAAAUCUGAUAGUGAUCUUCGGUUGAGAGGCUGGUGUGAUGCUGAUUUUUCGGGGUGUCGGCUCACUAGAAGAUCGCUUGGUGCUUUGUUUAUUACUCUUGGAACUUCGCCGGUCUCAUGGAAAGCUAAGAAACAAGAUGUGGUUUCUCAGUCUUCUGCUGAAUCAGAGUAUCGGAGUAUGGCGAAAGCAGUUGGAGAACUAAAAUGGCUGCGUGAUGUGCUCAUUGACUUAGGUAUUACUCAAACACAGCCGAUGGAACUCUAUUGUGAUAAUCAAGCGGCUUUGUAUAUUGCGGCGAAUCCUGUGUUUCAUGAGCGCACCAAACAUGUAGAACGAGAUUGUCACACGGUGCGUGACUCGAUUGUCGAUGGCACGAUUGUUACUAAGAAAGUGGAUACUCACGAUCAACUUGCUGAUGUGUUUACUAAGGCAUUGGGACGUCGUGACUUUGAGAAUAUCAUUUCCAAGUUGGGCAUCUAUAAUCCAUAUGCUCCAACUUGA